AUGACGACCAAUCCGUACCUGGACUCUGGUUCUUGUUUUAUUGGUGAAGAUGUGGAGAGGAACCUCCCUCCAGCCGAUGGAUCAGAUGUUCAGCCGCAGUACGUUCAUCAUCUGGCCCCGAAGCCUCCGCCUGAGAUCAGCUCCUCCGUCCCCAAACACAAAGGUGUGAAACAGAGGUGUGUGAGGUUCACUGUGGCCGCUGUGAUCUGCCUGCUGCUGCUCACACUGAUCACUGGGAUCCUCCUGGCUUAUUACUUCUCGUCGCCCUGCGCCCACGGGAGGCGCUGUGGAGACGGCAGCUGUGUGUGGGAGUCUCAGUGGUGUGACGGAGAGAAGGACUGUCCGGCAGGCCAGGACGAAGCAAGCUGUGUGCGGCUGCAUGGCUCCAGCUUCCUGCUGCAGGUGUACUGGACUCAGGGUAGAACCUGGAGGAGCGUUUGUUCUCGGGGUUGGAGCGAGCAGCAGGGCAGAGCCAGGUGCCAGCAGGUCGGUUACAGCAGGGACACAUAUUUUAAAUCAGGCCAACAGCAGACUGACACUGACGAUGGAUUCCUGAUAUUAAAGUCUGACUUCAACUCUACAGCACCCAUAAUGCAUCAGCUCGUGCUCAGCAAAACCUGUCCCAACAACAGCGUGGUGACGUUGCAUUGCACUGACUGUGGGAGGGGGCUAAACUCCAGCAGGGCCUCGGGGGGGCAGCAGGCCCCUCCCUGGCAGGUCAGCCUGAGGGUGGGGGUGUCCCACCGCUGUGGAGGAGCCAUCAUCUCCCCCUACUGGAUCCUCACUGCAGCACACUGUGUCACAUGGACCUCGGGUGCUGCAGACUGGUUGGUGUAUGCUGGAGUCGUGCAUCUUUCAGACACUCUGUUCAACCCGGCUUACUCUGUGAGCCGCAUCAUAUCCCACGAAGGCUUCAACAGCAUCACCCGCGGCAACGACAUCGCUCUGAUGAGGCUCUCCAAACCGCUGCACAUCACAGCCUCCAGUGAUAUCGGAGCUGUGUGCCUUCCAAACGUUGGUGUUUACGCCUCUGCUCCUGAGAAAGGCUGGAUAACAGAAUUUAGUCGCUUCGUAAACACAGCCGCGCCUCACCUGAUGGAGGCUCAGGUUUCUCUUGUUGACGCUGCAAACUGUAACCGCUCCACCUCUCACAGCGGGAAGGUAACUCCGGACAUGUUCUGUGCCUCAGCAACAGACGCAGGAAUCAACAUGUGCCACACUGACAGCGGUGGUCCUCUGGUGUCCCUGAAGGACGGAGUAUGGUGGCUCAUAGGGGACAAUAUUUGGGGGGAACACUGCAAAGAGCCGAACAGACCAGGAGUUUAUGGCAACGUCACGUACUUCCUGGACUGGAUUUAUCAUCAGAUGAAGGAUUAAUAUCUACACUUUGUAUUCUCAAUACAAGCAGGUGGAGUGCGGGUGCUAGUGGAGCCUUG